UGCCAUCAGAAUUUCAUCCUCUCUCUGUCAAGUUUCAACAAUCAAUGCAUGAAUAGGCUGAAGCAUGCAGACCUCAAUGAGCAGAAUACAAUGUUGGUUCAGGAAGAACAUUAGACGACAUCAAAUUUGUCGUCUCAAAACUUGACCUCGGCUCGGCUCCCCGCAGAAUCUCCAAGCUCCCACUUUUACCCCAACCUUCAACACCACCUCCACAAUGUGAUCCCCAGCAUCUCACGCUCUUCAGCGUCCAUCAGAUAUCUUCAAAAUGGCCUUAGAACCUCCCUGGAAAGCCAUCGCAGCACGCAAACAAGCCGAGCGCCUCUCCCGAAUCCCCAAAUCAUGGCUCCUUUCCUCUCUCCCUCCAUCCUCCACACUCGACGUCCGCUCCAUCCCCCGCUCCAGCGGAAUCCUUACUCCCCUCGAACUCGGAAUCACCGAAAACAACGAUGCGACAUCCCUCUCUGCUGCGAUCCGAGCGCGAAAAUAUACUGCUGUCCAGGUCACAACCGCGUUCUGCAAACGAGCUGUAAUUGCUCAGCAGGUCUGCAACUGCUUGACUGAGAUUCUAUUCUCUGGCGCAUUGGAACGAGCACGAUAUCUUGAUUCAUAUUAUGAGAAGACCGGGAAGACGGUGGGGCCACUGCAUGGUGUGCCAAUAAGUCUGAAAGAUACUUUCAAGAUAAAAGGUUAUGAUUCUAGUAUUGGAAUCGCUAGUUUGGCAUUCAAGCCUGCAACAGAAAAUAGUUUGUUGGUCGAUAUAUUGCUAGAAGCAGGGGCGGUACUGUAUUGUAAGACCAAUGUGCCACAAACGUUGAUGGCGCUGGAUUCCGACAAUAAUGUUUUCGGGAGAGUUCUGAAUCCGAGGAAUAGGAAGGUCACGGCGGGCGGGAGUUCAGGUGGCGAGGGUGCACUGGUGGCUAUGAGGGGCAGUGUGCUGGGAGUUGGGACUGAUGUUGGAGGGAGUAUACGGAUUCCUGCAAUGUGUAAUGGGCUGUAUGGGAUUAAGCCGGGGAGCAUGAGAGUUCCGUAUGUUGGGCAGGAAAAUGGUACCAGGGAGGGUGCGAGCAAGAUUGGGUUGAUGGCUAGUGCUGGCCCGAUUGCAGGGAGUAUGAGGGACUGCGAACUGUUGCUCAGGACUGUUUCAAAUGCUAGGCCUUGGGAGAGAGAUCCGAGUCUUGCCUAUGGUUUGUGGGAGGAUCAGGGCGGAAUAGAGAGGAAACCCUUACUGGGAGUCAUAAGAACGGAUGGCUUGAUCACGCCUCUUCCGCCUGUGGCGAAAGUACUUGAUGAGACUGUCCAAAAGUUACGGAAGUCUGGAGUGGAGGUCAUCGAGAUUGAUGCUCCGGAGUUCAAGAAGUGCCAGUCGCUAGCAAACAGUUUCUUCGGGAUUGACGGUGCAAACCACGUGUUCGACCUCCUUGAGGCUACGAAAGAACCAUUGACGGGAUGGCUGAGCACGAGACUACGUCGUAAGACUCCAAUGGGUCUGGAUAAGCUCGUCGAGAUUCAUGCCAAGAAGGUCCAACUGGAGACAGAGAUGUUGAAGCUAUGGAAAGAUCACAAGACAGGACGGACAAUAGAUGCAUUCAUUUGUCCCGUUGCUCCACACCCUGUUCCACCCAUCGAUCGAUGGAAUGGCGUCAGUUACACAAGUAGCUUUGUGCUUUUGGAUUAUCCUGCUGGCACACUACCUAUCAGAGACUUCAAAGAGGAGGAUUUGAGAGGGGAAUUGGAUAACAGCAAGCCCUUGGGCAGCUGGGACAAGAUCAAUCGAGAAUUAUGGGACGCGAAAACGAUUGACAGGAAUGUUUACCUGGGCACAAAGUUGUCGGUUCAAGUUGUUGCACCAAAGAUGCAAGAAAGGAGACUCGUGCAAGCGAUGUCUCUGAUCGACGAAGUUCUACAGAAUGACCGCUCUCGGCAAGCAAAGCUUUGA